AUGUCGGAGUCUCUCACAGCUGGUUUCCCCCUCUAUGAAAAGUUGGUGGAAUUACCACACCAAGAGUUGGAAAUAGUUUCAGUUUUAACUCAGUUUAAAGGACACGUUAAGAAGGAGCUUGUAAAUGUUCCGUCGAUACCAAGUUAUCUCCGAGGAUUAUUUUAUGUGUUGGACGAAGGAAAGUACAGUUCAGAUGAUUCGUCGCGUAUAGUGACACUAGCACAUUCAUCACUUUGUUAUUUAGUGAAAAGAGUUGCCAUGCAAUGUCCGAGCUUUUUAGAAGAUAAUGAAACUGUUACCGAGCUGAUAAUUCACCUUUUCCUGUUGGGUUCUCAUGGCUCAGUCCACCUCGAAGGUAGAAAUUUUUGGAUUAGCUCUACUAGAGCGUUAGAAGCAAUUGAGUUAAUAGAACCUUUAAAGGUUCAAGAUUGUAUUUUGGAACUAUUGAAAGAUGCUUCCUUACAGAGGCGUAAAAUUUUACUAAUUAUGGACGAAGUGUUACAAAUUAGUGAAAAAGUUCAGAAUUCUAAUAUAAGACAAGAGAUUUGGAGGAAUUUUAUAUCGGCGUUGUUAGAUUUGCUGAACAAUGCGGAUAAUAACAAUAAUGAUAAUUUGGAUCCGUUGGCUUGUGAUAUAAUUUUAAAAAAUGAAAGAGAUAAGACUCAACUGCGACAUUGGAUAUCACUUUUGAAUAAGAAGAAUCAUAGAGACCUAUUGGCCGCAUCAUUAGAUCAAUCAUCUCGUCCCAGUACAUCAUCAGAAACCAUUCCAUCGGUAUCAUCAGCUUCCCUUGAUAUUGAUGCUGAAAUGCAGAACAUUUUCCAAGAGUUUCAGAUUUUUGCCAAUCAUUACAGUAAUGAUAAUGUUGUUAGCGUUUACGAAUUGAGUCAUAAUACUUUGGAAGCAGUACAAAGUUUGGCAGAAGCUCUACUGAUACCGUUCCAACAACCAAAGGAAACUGAAAAAAAUUGGAAAUUACGGCAAGAAAAUUUAAUACAAUUGAGAAAAUUGCUUAGAAAUGAGUUUAUCAAUAAGCAGCAUCCUGUGGAAUUUCUAGGGAUAUGCAAGGAUUUGCAAUUAAUCGAAUGUGUGGGGAAAGCAGCUUUAUCCCUAAGGACAACUUUAUCUACAACUGCAUGUCUCGUUAUAAAGGAUUUUUUACAAAUUUUAUCCUCCAAAUUGGAUUCUGCAAUUUUAGAUCAAAUGUUUGAGUUCCUGAGAACUCUUUUGUCUUCUGCGAAAAAAAUAGCAUCUACUAAUGCCUUCAACUGCUUGGUAAUCAUGUUUAGUUACAUCGAUUUCCAUAACAAACUUUUCCAAAAUUGUUUUAUGUUAGUUAAUCAAAAAUCAGUUCUGCCGAAAAAUUGCUCCGCCAUUUUACUUCGAAUAUUCAUCAUCAAAUUUCACCAUACGUCGAAAUUGGAAAAUUCUAUGGUCUACAUCGAAGAAUGGUUAAAAAAAGGAAUUACGGAUGCACAAACGUCAGUAAGAGAAUCUAUGAGGAAAACUUUUUGGUAUUACUAUAAAUGCUAUCCCAUUCCAGGUAAGAAAUUCUUGCAAUCUCAGUUGUCAUCACAAUUGAGGAAAGCUGUUGAAUUAUCUAUACCUGAAAAACUUGAAAUUGAUUACCAAGUUUCAUCAUCUUUCCCCAGUUCUAGAAGGACAAGCUUAGGCCCCAGAAAAUUCCCGAGUUAUGCAAAACCGACACAAUCCUCGAAUUCUGCAUCAGGUUCUUUUUUACAAAGAGCGGCUAAUGCGAGAUCUACUAGCGAAAACGUCCUUCGCGAAAAUAACGUUAACGUAACGGCUAAUGAUACCCCUAAUGAUAGGAGAAAAACGAGCGCUCCGCCACAGUUGGCCAAAAGAUCCUUAACUACCAUCGAUCCACAAGAAGAUCAUCACCAUCGUCAUCAUCAUCAUCAUCCUGGACCUCUUCAUCGAGCGGAAACUACAGAUAAUUCGUUGCAGAUUGAUCUUACAGGUGACGUUACCCCAAGUCAUUCAAGCAGCUUAAUCAAGAAACAUAUAGGCUAUGAAUUGGGGGACGGUAAACGUGAUUUGGAAACCAUGUAUCAAUACUUGGAAUCACCUUCCACUCUGAAAAUAAAAGAUGGUUUACAGAUUUUGCAAAACAAUUUGCUCAUGGAUUUCUCAUCUACAGGUAAUAAUAAAAAUGACGAAGGGAAAACUUUGGAUUUUGAUCGAUUAUCACCACUUAUUAGAAAUGUCAUGAUUAGAUUACCACAAGAAUUGAAGCCAUUACUUUCAAUAUCCAAAUUUUGGCAGUCAAUCCCCCUACGGUACUUGAUAGAAUUAUAUGCAAUUAACCAUUUGACAUUUAGUGAUGAACUUCUCAGCUAUUUUCCACCAGAUACAUUGUUGUGGACCAUUUUCGAAACCUUGGAAAGCCUUGACUCCAGUGUUGUUGAUCAAGAAAAUGAAAUGCCACCUUCAUUAUCACUCCAUUAUAUGAAAUACAAGCAAUUUAUUUUCAAUUUCUGUUUCCGUCUGGUGAAUCAGGUUUUACAUGAGUCAAAUGUGGAUUCAAUUUUAUUGAAAGACUUCCUCGGUCAAUGUAUUUUGAAACUGGCUCAGAUUUGUGGGCAAGAAUACGAUGAAACUUUAUAUUUUGAUACCUUACAUCAAAUUUAUCAGUAUGAUCGAAUUCUAUUUGUGGAAAAAAUACGUCAAGUGACAUACGUAUCAACAAAAUUAAAAAUAUGCGAUCAAUUAGAAUCAAGAGAUAAGGAUAAGAUUUUCCGCCGUGAAGCCAUUGUUAGUCGACAAAGUUUAGAUGGCAUGGAACGUCAUCAGUUAUUCGAAGGGGAACCUAGAGACAAUGAAAUUCUGGAUGAUCGCAGAGUUAUGGAAAUGACAAUGGUCAAUCCUUUUAACCAAAUGCGAACCGCAAGUGGUGGUAGCGUAGUUCAUCAUGAUCCUCGCAUUCCGGAAUUUGCCGCCCAUACAGGGCACGAUGAUGAAAAACCGGAAAGUGAUCAUCAUAUUGAACCAAUAGAAGAAGAAGAUCAAAAAAGGUUGUCUGAAAUUACCAAGGUCGUGAGUAUCUAUCAACCAGUAGAUCGGGAAGACGAUGAUGGAAGUCAGAAUAGAAAUAUUUUUAAGUCUGAUCAAGAUGUGGAAAUGUUGGAUGUUCCUCAGGAGGGAGAACCUAAUGUUAAUUUGAGUGAUAUCUUUGGUAACUCACAAGAUCGUGAGGUGACUGUCAAAUUUAGUAAAGAUCCUCCAAAGAUCAUCAACUCAAGUAGAGUUCCUUCCUCCAGUGUUGAGAACACUAGGGACGAUGACGUACGUACUUUAACAAGAAACGUUUCUAUGGAGAGGGAUAAAUCGCCGGUAACACCUUUAACUGAUCAUCAAUCAGUAGAGUUGAGUAAUGCAAUCAAUAGUAUCGAACUCGGGAAGAAACAUGAGAUCUCACUGUCGCAUGAGGCUAAAGUUGGUAGUAAUUUAUCUGCUGAAAUCUUGGCAAAUGCCAUCAGGGAAAGAGAAAAUGAUAGUGAUGAUAGAAAAACAUCUGAAUUCGAUUUGUUGGAAGCAGUUCCUAGUGAUUCUCUCAUCUACCAUGAAAUAUCUCAUGCAAUGUUAGUGACUCAUGAAUUUGAAGAUAUUGGACAGAUGCUCAGUCAAAUGAAGAAAGCAAUUACUAGAAUUGAGAGUAGGUCUUUCACUAUGAAACAUUUGAACAUUUUGAUAGCCCCACUAAUUAGCUGUCUUCAUGAAGAAAGCCUACGAAAUUGGUUGGAAUCAGAAAAUGGUUAUUAUGAACUAUUGCAAUUGGGUAAGACCUUAUUCCAUUCCACUGAUGAAACCGAAAUGGUCCCCGUGAAUCUAGCGUGUAAAUCUAUCGUGCUCAUAGAAUGUCUGGUUCUUGUCAACAACUAUUUACAUGACGUGGUUCCCAUUUCUUCGUCAGAAUUCAAAACGAUUUGGGCAGAUGCGCUUGCACUAAUAAACAAAUUACCAGAAUAUUCAAGUGAGAUCUACUGCUUACUACAAGAACUCAGAGAUCUAUUGGUUUUCCUUAAUUUCUUUGACACUAAGGACAUCACUAGUAUGUUGCAUGCUCUAAUUACUGAAGUGCAAGAAGGCUCAUCGGGUAUUAAAGAAACUUUUCUAAUGGAAACUUUAGCAAUUAUUGUAUCCAAGGCACAAACAGCUCUGAGAUCUACUCAAAUUCUAGAAAUUGUGCAAGUGAUGCAGCUAUACGUGGAGAGCAAGAGGGCAGAUUGGCGUCUUGCAUGUUGUGAAGUCCUAUCACAAAUUUCCCAGCACUUGAGUAUAAUGCCAGAUAAACAUCCCAUUGAUAUUCAACAUUCAUUAGAAGCUUUGUCACAUGGUAGGCAGCGUGUCAUCCAAGCCCUAUCCUCUCAUUAG